UUCCCUAAACGCUUUGCGGGGGUUGGUCGUCCGUGUUGUGGAAGACGAAAGCUGUCAGAGAAAGAGCGGUCGAACCUAAGCAGGAUAAUCUGGGUAGUGUGUGUGUAUGCGGUGGAAACUUUAAGCAGCCAUGUCCCGGCAAACUAACCGAGGCACCGAGAGCAAGAAGAUGAAUUCAGAACUCUUCACUCUGACGUAUGGUGCUCUUGUUACCCAAUUGUGCAAGGAUUAUGAAAAUGACGAGGAUGUCAACAAACAGUUGGAAAAAAUGGGUUAUAACAUUGGUGUGAGGCUCAUUGAAGAUUUCUUAGCUCGGUCCAAUGUGGGCAGAUGUCAUGACUUUCGGGAAACUGCUGAUGUUAUAGCAAAGGUCGCCUUCAAAAUGUACUUGGGAAUAACACCAACCAUCACCAACUGGAGUCCUGCUGGUGAUGAGUUCUCCCUCAUCUUAGAAAGCAAUCCGCUUGUUGACUUUGUUGAACUGCCAGAUAAUCAUUCCACUCUUAUCUAUUCCAACUUGCUUUGUGGGGUCCUGCGGGGAGCACUUGAAAUGGUACAAAUGGCAGUGGAUGUGAAGUUUGCUCAGGAUACAUUAAAGGGAGACAGUGUCACAGAAAUCAGAAUGAAAUUUAUCCGGAGGAUUGAGGACAACUUGCCAGCUGGGGAGGAGUGACUCUGAGACCAGAACUGUUUUUGAAAGUAUCCCAUCCAAACCAUCAGUCUUACACUCUGUUUUUCAACUGGGUUUCUUCUACAUUUGGGGGCUACAGUUGAAACCCUAAUACUCGUACUUAACCAUAAAAAAAUGCAUUUUUUUU